CCCAAGCGCUGCAGCAGGUCCCGGUGGGUGAUGGACAGGGUCUCGUGGCGCCGAAUGAUGGGCAUGACCAAAGAUUCCGACCCAUUGUCAGGCAGGAGCAGACAGCAGAGCGGAAGGAUAAUCUUCAGCAUUCAGCCUCUCAAGCAGAUCAACAACUGUAUUGUAAACGCUUUUUAAUGUGGACGAGGAACACUGACAUGUGAAGACAGCGCAACAUUGGAUGUCUCCGUCUGGACAGCACGUCUCCUCCUGCGAUGGUCACAGUCAGCAGAUCCAUGUCGCUGUACCAGAGACUGAACAACGAUAUCAAAGACAGGCUGUCUGUCUACUCCCUGAGCCCUUCGGCCAACUCCACGGCAAACCUGCUCAGGGAUGUUGGACCAGUGGUUUUUGCCAUCAGGAAAGGUGACGUGAAGGCUGUAAAGGAUCUCGCCACAUCCGCUCCUCUCAGCCUGCUGAGGGAGAACCAAGAUGGCUGGAUCCCUCUGCACGAUGCUGCCUUCUCUGGACAGACAGAGUGCUUGAAGAUCAUACUGAAGGCUCAUCCGGGAUCGGUAGACAAACGCACCUUACAGGAGCAGACGGCCCUGCUGCUCGCCGUGUCUUCUGAACACUUGUCGUGCGUCCAGUGCCUCCUGGAGACCGGCGCCGACCCCGACAUCAGCAGCAAGAACAAAGAAACCCCAUUGUACAAAGCUUGUGAGUUGGACAAUAUGGACAUGGUGAGCUGCCUUCUGUCCCACGGGGCCACCGCGAACCAACGGUGUGGUCAGGGUUGGACGGCCCUCCACGAGGCCGUGUCCAGGAACAACACCGAGAUCUGCGAGACACUAAUCAGAGCGGGGGCCGCCAUCAAUCCACCUAACACCUACAGCGUUACACCACUGAUUGUAGCAGCGCAACGAGGACAGGCGGGGGCGCUCUGCUACCUCAUUGGAAAAGGUGCAGAUGUGAACAUGCAGACGUGUGACGGGGUCACAGCUCUGCACGAGGCCAGUAAAAAUGGCCACAAGGAAAGCGUUGCAGUGCUGUUGAAUAAAAACGCCGAUGCUAACAAACCCAACAACUCAGGACUUCUGCCGCUGCAUGUUGCCGCUCAAUUUGGACACCAUGAGGUCGUGUCCAUGCUCGUGCCGGCGACGAGUCGAGCCAGGCUCCGCCACAGUCGUGUCAGCCCCCUCCACCUGGCAGCCGAGCACGACAGACACGCCGCGGCAGCUGUGCUGCUCAGGGCAGGUGCAGACGUGAACGCCACCCUGGCCGACAGUCACUCCGCCCGGUAUGCCGACCGACGGGCGACAGCCCUCUACUUCGCGGUCGCCAGCGGCGGCAGCAGGACGGCGGAGGUGUUGCUGAAUGCUGGCGCUGACCUUGGCCUGGACCCGGUCAGUCCCCUGCUGGCGGCCGUGCAGCGGGGCUGUGUCUGCACGGUGUCCUUACUGCUGGAGAGAGGGGCCGACGUCGGCGCCAGAAUACCCUCCCACGCCACCACGUUCCCCGCCGCUGUCGCCCUUUGCGUGGAUAACUUGUCUCUACUCAAGUGUCUUUUGGACAACGGCUGUGACGCGGCCUCCUGCUUUGCCUGUGCAUACGGAUGUGGCCCUCACCCGUCGACAGGAGCAUCCCACAUAACGACCGUUGGCAGCAACGGACUGUCUUUGCAUAACGACAGUACGCUUCCUUUGAACUGCAGUGAGCCACCCGAAAGAGCAACACAGUUCUGUGAGUGGAUCUCAACAUCCGCUAUCAGUAAACAGGCCGGACCGAUCAUCGACUUGCUGCUGGAGCACGUCGGUCAUGUUCAGCUGUGCAGCAGGCUCACGGAACUGCUGGACAGCCGAGAAGAGUGGCUCCCCGUUAAGAGGAAGUCACUGUCACCUCGUCCACUGCUGCACCUUUGCAGAUUUCGGAUUCGGACCCAGAUGGGGAGACACAGACUGAAAUCUCUCACAGCUCUACCUCUGCCAGACAGACUGAUCGGAUACUUGAGCCUAGCUGACUGACUUUAACCUGAACUUCAAGUGAUAUCUGCAUCACAGAUGUGACUAAAUUUAUCAAUUUGUGUUUCCAUUUUUAGCUGCAUUGAAUAUCUUUUAUCAGUAGAUGCAAUUAUCUAUGUGUAAUGUCUAUUUAUAACAUAAAUAAUUUGUUUAUUUAAUCUGUCCGUGAGAAUGUUUUGCCGUUUUUAC